AUGGCUCAGUUCAAAUGCCCGAGCAGUGUAAUGAUCGCAGGGCCGAGUCAAUGUGGAAAGACGACGUUCACAAAACUAUUACUUCAGUAUGCAGACGUUUUGUUUGAAAGACCUAUUCGUAAAAUUAUGUACUGUUAUGGGCAGUGGCAAGAAUGCUUUCAGGACAUGGCGUCACAGAUUACGUUUGUAGAGGGUAUUUCUGAAGAUAUUCCGGCUUUAUUUCCAAUGGGUUGUCGUCCAGGUAUACUCGUGUUGGAUGAUUUAAUGAGGAAUUGUAGCGAGGACGAACGUAUUCUGGACCUGUUCACAAAAGUGUCUCAUCAUUGUGAUGUCACCUNUUAGGUCGCACGAUACACAGUGGAAUGAUGCACAAGUAGCCACAUUUGUUCACAGCUAUGUAAAAUCGUUGACAAGUGUUAGGCAGAGGUCACCAUUCUUUCAGAGUGAACAAACUUGUAAGUCAUUCAAAUGUUGGCGUAAGCAAUGAUGAACAUGAUGUGUUUAUUUUGUAUUGGACUUGAGAUACACUCCUAUAAAGAGAAAGGCACCAGUAACUUUGGCAUCAGCUGGUUUUUCGUUCUGUGUGGGCAGCAUGGCUCAGUUCAAAUGCCCGAGCAGUGUAAUGAUCGCAGGGCCGAGUCAAUGUGGAAAGACGACGUUCACAAAACUAUUACUUCAGUAUGCAGACGUUUUGUUUGAAAGACCUAUUCGUAAAAUUAUGUACUGUUAUGGGCAGUGGCAAGAAUGCUUUCAGGACAUGGCGUCACAGAUUACGUUUGUAGAGGGUAUUUCUGAAGAUAUUCCGGCUUUAUUUCCAAUGGGUUGUCGUCCAGGUAUACUCGUGUUGGAUGAUUUAA